UAAAAGGGUGCGUGUGUUACGUGGUACUUUUUCGUUGUUGCAGGUUUUGGAGCAUCGUGUCGGGGGAAGGGUCUGAUUUUUUUGGAAUUCUUUUAUUUUUGGGUUUUCUUUAAAGGUUGAGACUUAUAUAUAUAAAAAUAUUUCCUUGGUGAGAGAGUACAUAGAGAGAGAGAGAGAGAGAGGUUGAGAUCUCCGAGUGCGUAUAUAAAUAUAUACUGUGCUUUGUUGGUCGCAAACACACGAGCUUCCGUGUUUACAGAACCGAGAAAACUUUUGGUGUAGUGGAUCACUAAUCUUCAAGAAUUGGUAAUGGCUUUUAUUUCGGAGGUCAACAUGAGCUUUUCACAUGACAUGGAUGAUGAAUAUGAGAAACUCUUUCGGAGAAUGAACCCACCUCGGGUUGUAAUUGAUAAUGAGGCCUGCAAGAAUGCAACAGUAAUAAGGGUUGACAGUGCAAACAAAUAUGGAAUACUUCUGGAAGUUGUACAAGUCUUUACUGACCUUAACCUUAUCAUAACUAAAGCUUACAUAUCUUCUGAUGGUGGAUGGUUCAUGGAUGUUUUUAAUGUCACUGAUCAAGAUGGAAACAAGGUUACUGAUAAAGGGAUUUUGGACUAUAUUCUAAAGUCUCUUGGGCCAGAAUCAUGCUUUAUAUCUUCUAUGAGAUCUGUUGGGGUUAAACCAUCAACCGACGACACUGCAAUUGAGCUAACCGGAAGUGACCGACCCGGACUUCUUUCUGAAGUUUGUGCUGUGCUCACACAUCUUAAAUGCAAUGUGGUGAGUGCAGAGGUGUGGACACACAACACCAGGGCUGCAUCCGUGAUGCAUGUGACUGAUGAGGAAACUGGGUGUGCAAUUACUGACCCAGAGAGGCUAUCUAGGAUCAAGGAACUUCUCUGUAAUGUACUCAAGGGCAGCAACAAAUCUAGUGGAGCCAAGACUGUUGUCUCUCAUGCAGCCACACACACCGAGAGGAGGCUUCACCAGAUGAUGUUUGCUGCUAGGGAUUAUGACCGAGCUGAUGAUGAUGCCUUGGAAGAGAAGCAGAGACCUAAUGUGAAUGUUGUCAAUUGGUCUGACAAAGACUACUCUGCGGUUACCAUCCGGAGUAAAGAUAGGCCAAAGCUUCUCUUUGAUACAGUUUGCACAUUGACAGACAUGCAAUAUGUGGUUUUUCAUGCAAAUAUUGAUGCCGAGGGGCCAGAAGCUUAUCAGGAAUACUAUAUCAGGCACAUUGAUGGAUCCCCUGUGAAUUCAGAUGCAGAGAGACAAAGACUAAUACAAUGUCUUGAAGCAGCUAUUGAGAGAAGGGUAUCUGAGGGCUUGAAGCUAGAACUCUGCACCACCGACAGAGUUGGGCUGCUAUCAGAUGUCACCCGCAUCUUCAGAGAAAAUAGCCUCACUGUCACCAGAGCAGAAGUCACAACCAAAGCAGGCAAAGCUGUUAAUACAUUCUAUGUUCGAGAUGCAUCAGGGUAUCCUGUUGAUUCAAAGACAAUAGAUUCCAUCCGACAAGCAAUUGGGCAGACUAUACUUAAAGUGAAAGGCAGCCCUGAAGAGUCAAAGCCUGUUACUCAGGAGUCUCCCACCCGGUUCCUCUUUGGUGGUCUCUUCAAGUCUAGAUCCUUCGUUAACUUUGGUUUGGUCAGGUCGUACUCCUGAGGAAAACUCAUCAAGACCUCACGCCCCCUUGUACAUUGAAACCCUUCAAGCUGCAUACUUCAUUACAAAUCUCAACCACAGUGACAGAGUCAAGUCCUUGUAAAUACCACCCAUUUUUCCUGCUUUUUUAACCCUUUUAUUUGUUAUUUCGUUGGAAUCUUGAAAUCAAAGAAGGAAAAAGUCUAAAAUCUAACCUCAAUGUACAUAAUUUUUCUCUGCCUUGAAUGAAUCUUUUUGACUCUAA